CCCAGGAAGCCCCAUUCCAUCCACACGUUUCAGCUGUCUUUCAGUGUUCACGUAGGUUGUAGAGAGCACAACAACGUACGUACACAGCAGCAAAGACUGAGACUAGCUAGCUUAGCUGACAUGGCUCCAAGGUGCGCGACGCUGGCGGUGGUGGUGGUGCUGGUGGCGGCCGUGGUGGCGCCGCCGACGGCGGUGCGCGCGGCUAUCUCGUGCUCGGCGGUGUACAACACGCUGAUGCCGUGCCUGCCGUACGUGCAGGCGGGGGGCACGGUGCCCAGGGCGUGCUGCGGCGGCAUUCAGAGCCUGCUCGCCGCCGCCAACAACACCCCCGAUCGCCGCACCAUCUGCGGCUGCCUCAAGAACGUCGCCAACGGCGCCUCCGGGGGCCCCUACAUCACCCGCGCCGCCGCGCUCCCCUCCAAGUGCAACGUCUCCCUCCCUUACAAGAUCAGCACCAGCGUCAACUGCAACGCGAUAAACUAGGGCGGCCGGCCUGAUGCGUACGUGUGUGCCCGCGCCUCCCGUACGAGAGGAGAAUAAAAUGUCAUUAGUACCAUCAAAUUAAGCUAGCUAGUUAAGCUUUACGAAAAUCGAUCCCUUUCUUCCUCUGUGGUGUUUAGCAGUUUAGGGAUCGUAUGUCUCCACAGUUCCUACUAUAGUGUCGCUUGGGCGAUGGUGGAGCUAUAUUGUGCACUUUAUAAGGUGGUGUUAUUAUGUAACGCCUGUGCUAGCUUUGGUCCUGAUGUUCUCCAUGUGAACUGUGUCAACCGUCCAUUGUUCUGCAAAUCUGCAGUAUGUACUGUGUGUGAUAGUAUCAAGCUGAACUUCUGAACAUGCA